GCGAUCCAUUUCUUUUGUGUUUAUUUGUAAGCGUUGACACAUUUCUGAAUGUACUUGGAUAUCCACAUUUCAUAAAUCUCUUUUGAUAACAUGGAUUGGCAUACAACAUAGCCAAGAGUCAUACGACUCAAUAAUUGCUAAAAUGAAUAAAGGCUGGCUGGAACUCGAGAGUGACCCCGGGUUGUUUACACUCCUGGUCGAAGACUUUGGGGUGAAGGGUGUUCAGGUGGAGGAGAUAUAUGAUCUACAGAGUAAAUGUCAAAGUCCUGUAUAUGGCUUCAUUUUCCUGUUUAAAUGGAUCGAGGAGCGACGAUCGAGAAGGAAGGUUUCCACCUUGGUGGAUGAAACAUCAGUAAUUGACGAGGAAAUUGUCAAUGAUAUGUUCUUUGCCCAUCAGCUGAUCCCAAACUCGUGUGCCACCCAUGCGCUACUGAGCGUGCUCCUCAACUGCAGUGGGGUGGAGCUGGGAACCACCCUCAGCCGAAUGAAGGCAUUCACCAAAGGCUUCAGCCCAGAGAGUAAAGGCUAUGCCAUCGGAAAUGCCCCUGAACUGGCCAGAGCGCACAAUAGCCAUGCUAGACCGGAGCCAAGGCACCUUCCUGAGAAACAGAAUGGCAUCAGUGCUGUGCGGACAAUGGAAGCCUUCCAUUUCGUCAGCUAUGUACCCAUCAAGGACAGGCUGUUUGAACUGGAUGGCCUCAAAGCCUAUCCUAUUGAUCAUGGUCCUUGGGGAGAGGAGGAGGAGUGGACUGAUAAAGCCCGCCGAGUGAUCAUGGAGAGGAUCGGACUGGCCACAGCAGGGGAGCCGUACCACGAUAUCCGGUUCAACCUGAUGGCCGUAGUGCCGGACCGGCGUAUGAAGUAUGAGUCCAAACUGGACCUUCUCAAGCGGAACAGGCAAAUGGUUCUGGAAGGCCUGCAGCAGGUCAGAAAGUUGAUGCGGGUGGGUCAGUCAGAGCUGGCCCAGGACCGUAAGCAGCAGCAGCAGGACUCCUCUCCAGAGGCCACUCUGCCUGUGGUGAAGAAGGAGCCAGGGACUACAGAGCAGACUCCCUCAACAGAUUCUCCAGACGGUGUGGGCGUCUCCUCUCUUGCAGCUCCAGCUACUCCCGGCCGUGUCCGAGGGGCCAGCAAGCCCACCACCCUGCCAGUAGGGGGCGCUACAAUAGCCGCGCCUCUUCCCCCUGCGGCCAGCCCCAACCCCAUCGUCCAGCGGCUCCCCGCCUUCCUGGACAACCACAACUAUGCCAAGUCACCCAUGCAGGAGGAGGAGGAUCUGGCAGCAGGCAUGGGUCGCACCAGGGUUCCUGGACCUCCUCAGCCCCUGUACUCAGAUGAUGAAGAUGACUAUGAGGAUGAAGAGGAGGAACAAUGUACUACCACUGGCACUUCCAGCAGGUUCCGGCGGAAGGCAGGUCUGCGAACGCGAGGCGGAGUCAGUCGUGCUGGGGCGGCCAUGGAGGGGCAGCUGGCGAGCGUGCUGGCGGAGAAGCUCAAGAAGGAGGCACUGCGGAAGGACGGCACGACGGCGACCGCCUCGGGCGCAGCGGGCGGCACUGGGGGCACCCCGCUGUCUGUGCGCACGGAGGGGCGUGUGUGCGUGACGGCCGGCUCGCAACCCUCACCCACGCCCAGCAACGAGAGCACUGACACGGCGUCGGAGAUCGGCAGCGCCUUCAACUCGCCGCUGCGCUCGCCGGCGCGUUCCCAGGCGACCACGCGGCCCUCCAGCCCCGUGGCCGCCCAGCUGACCCGUGCCCUCUUCGGGGACGAGGAGGUGGCUCUGCUACGCCUGGACGCCAGGCACAAUCGCGCCGUCAGGGAGCUGGGGCCCAACGUCAGCUCCACUCUGCUCCACCUGCAGGAGGACGGGGUCAUCUACACCAUGCCCGCCACAGACGCAGUGACUGAGGGCACCAAGAGGGGGAGCCCUGUGGAGAAGGGCAGUGGUGAGAAGGCGGCGGCCAGCUGCCCUGCCCCAAAGGAAGAGGGGAAGGAGGGACCCUCGGUGGAGGUGAAGGAGGAGGAAGGAGCAGAACCAGCGGACGUCAAGCCCAGCAAAGACACUCUCAUCUCUCCAGAGAGCAGCAAGCCCCAGGGGGAGAAGUACUCUCCUAAGGAGCUGCUGGCCUUGCUGAAGUACGUGGAGGCAGAGAUUGCCAACUACGAGCAGUGUCUGCGGGAGGAAGUUGAGAAGAGGAAGAAAUAUAAGAUUGAUGACCAGCGGAGGACACACAACUACGACGAGUUCAUCUGCACCUUCAUCACCAUGCUGGCGCAGGAGGGUAUGCUGGCCAACCUUGUGGAGCAGAACAUCUCCGUGCGCCGGCGUCAGGGAGUGAGCAUUGGCCGGUUACACAAGCAGCGGAAGCCCGACCGCAGGAAACGCUCGCGACCAUACAAAGCUAAGCGCCAGUGAAUAGCCUGAGGAGAAACCAGAGACCCCCCCUAGAUUCCUAAGUGAUAUGGGGACCAUGUGAUUCAUCAGUCGCAGCACCUGCGGGCAGUUCAAUAUAGCUGCCUAUCAUCCCAGCUCUGUGAUUGGCAAAAAAAAAAAAAGCAGAAACCAGAAAACAACAAAAUGUAUGAAAAAGUCUUUAAGAUUGAGGAGUGGUCCUACCGGCUGAUUUUAUAGAAUAAUUAUCUUAUCUGUGAAUUUUUCAGCGUGAACAAUUUGAAGAGCAGAGCGAAAUUCUAUUUCCCUUUUUUUUUUUUUUACAGUCAGGUGUUAAUGCUAUGACAGUCAUCCAUACUUUUUAUAUGAAUGUUUUCUGCAUGUCCUGUCUGUGCCAAUCACAUUGAUGAGAGCAGGGGAAAAGGAAAAAAACUCCUAGAGGCAGUUUGAAUGAGAAUGGGAAGAACUGUUUCCAGUUAUACUUAAAAAUCUUGCUCCUGCUGCUGCUGGGAAUGUCGAUCUGUACAGGUGCCCUGCAGAAAACCACUUCAAAACUCUGAAGUAGCUAAUGGUGGAUCCCGUUCAGAGAAAUGCCAAUGAAAAUAUUUAGCUUUUUUUAUGAAACCUGUUGAUGUUAUUGUUGAGCUGUGCUUAAUUUUUCUAAGAUUUAAAGACAGGACGUGUUGAUGUAGUGUGUGGACGUUGAUAAUGUGGAAGCCUUGCUCUCCUUGCUGUUUUUGAAAGAGAGGGAGGUGGAAUGUUGUAGUCUUGAACUUUUGAUGUGUACAUUAUCAGUGUUUUAUUACAAGCCACAAGAUUUUCUGCCUCUUGCUCUCACCAUUUUGUGUGUGUGUGUGUGUGUGUGUGUGUGUGUGUGUGUGUGUGUGUGUGUGUCAGUGUGAUUAGACUCGGCUUCUGUACAUAUGUAUUUGUAUGUCAGCUCCUUACUGUCUCCUUGCUCUGGGGCUGUCUGUUGAGAAUUUAAGUGUUGUAACAAAGUAAUAAAAAGAAAAAAAGUAAUUAAAGCA